UUCCCCCAUUCGAUCGGGUUCCGUUUCGGGUCCACAACGGUAGUAAUCUAGCGAAAAUAACAGUGAUUUUUUUCAGUAAUGAACCUUCAACCGUCUAAUUGUGGUCUAUGCGGAGUUCCGGCAAAGCUGAAAUGUGCCGGCUGCAAGCUGAUCGUGUACUGCAGUCCGGAGCAUCAGAAGAAACACUGGAAGCUGCAGCAUAAAAAUGCGUGCUCUAAGCCAUACGAGAUUGUGCAGCACUCGGCAAACGCAAAGCUCGCUCGCUGCGAAGAGGUCGGUCGAUUCUUCCAAGCGAACCGGGACAUUCCCAAGGACACGCCAAUCUUCACCGAGACACCGCUGAUAAUUGGUCCCAAGUGGAACCUGGCCGAGUACGAACAGCGCUCGUCGAUAGUACCCUGCGUGGGUUGCUUCGCGGACUGUCAGCUAGGGCUGCACCGGUGCUUGGCCUGUAAUUGGCCUGCCUGCAAACCGGACUGCCCCGGACUGGAGAACGCAAAUCUUCACGCGCUUGAGUGUGGUAUUCUGAGUAUGGGCGGUGGACCCAAACCAAAAGAUAAUCCAGACGCUAUAUUCGAUUACUAUCGAUACGAUGCACUGAUUGUGCUGAAGUGUUUGGCUCUGCAGAUACGAAAUAAGGCAGCGUUCGAUCAGAUGAUGGAGCUGGAGAGUCACUACAGUGCACGCAAGGGAACGCAGUACUACAAGGAAGCUGAUGAGCGAACCGUGCAGUACUUGCUGAGAAACUUUCUGCAACCGCUAAAGAGGUUGGAAGAGAAACAGGGUAAAGUUGUGCUUCCGGUUUGUGACGCAAAGGUUCUGCACAUGAUUAGCGGCAUACUGGAGGUCAACGCUAUGGUGAUUCCAUUGUCGAACGGGCGGGAGAUCUGCGGACUUUAUCCGCUCGGUUGUAUGCUGGAGCACUGCUGUAUGCCAAACUGCUUCUACACAUUUGACUGCUCCAAAGGGAUGAAGCUUACUUUCAAAGCGGGAAAAGACAUAAAGAAAGGAGAUCAUCUGUCCACAACCUACACACACUCCCUGUGGGGAACCCAACAACGUCGUGAGCAUCUUAAAACCAACAAAUACUUUGCUUGUACCUGCGUGCGGUGCACGGAUCCAACCGAGCUGGGAACCUACCUUAGUGCCCUCAAAUGUGUGGGUGUUGAUGAGAACUACUGCAACGGCUAUCAGUUGCCGAUCGAUCCGUUGAAAGAGACAAGCGAUUGGAAGUGUAAUCAAUGCCCGGUUCAGGUGCAAGCCGAUCAAGUGAACUUCUUACUGUCAAAAAUUGGCGAAGAGGUUGAUGAUGUGAUGGAGCGUAAAUCUUCCGUCCGUGAAAUGGAGGAGCUUAUCCGCAAGCUAUUUACUUUCCUCCACCCCAAUCAUUACUUCCUGCUAUCGCUGAAACACUCGUUGAUCCAGAUGUACGGACACCUCGAGGGAUUCCGCACCAACCAGCUGUCGGACAAAAUUCUCGCCGAGAAAGUCGAAACAUGCCGGGAAAUGAUGAAGAUCAUCGACAUUCUGGAUCCGGAAUCGUUCCGACUCAGCUUGUACGCCGGGGUUAUCUUCUUCGAGCAGCAAUCAGCUCUUGUUGAGAUCACUGAAAGAAAGUUACGAGCCGGAGCUACGAAAGGUGAUGCUGAUGUACGGAAGAACUACAAUGAGGCCCUGCAUUGUCUCAUGCGUGCCAAGAAAGUUCUCGCUAACGAAAUGGGAACCCAGCAGGGAAAGAAGUUGCUAGAAGAAAUCGUGAAAGCAACUGAACGGGUCGAGAUGAUGAUGUCUUUCUGAGUAUAGGCGUGCGCGAUUUAUUUUUGAGCGAUUCCAUUUGAAUUCAAAAGUCGAUUUUUUUGUAUUCCUUUUAUUUGGUUCAAAUUUUUCAGACGCAUUCUUCAUGACCAAAAAAGAAAAAAAUAUUAUCACCGGUUCUCGAUUUUGACUCUAGCCUUACUUUUGAGAAGGUUCUAAAAAAAAUUGCUUCAAAAUUCUCAAAAAUAUAUAUAACUCAGAAAUGAUUGGUCCGAUUGAUUUGGUGUCUUCCGAAACGUUUCAGGUUACUAUUAGAGUUAUAUGGAGAAAGUAUGCAUUGUUAAAAAAAUGUUUUAUUUUCAUUUUAUUCCGAACACAAACCUUAAACUCAAUUUUCUCAAAAAGAUGUUUUUGGAUUUUUUGAUAUGUUGCAGAGGACAACUAUUGAAGUCAAUUGCACAGUGCGCCAAGAAGGAGAAAUAAUGACAAAAUAUGUAUAAUUUUUUAAA